CCUGCUCCUGAAAAUAUAUACAUACAAUCACCCUUUUCCUUGUCUGGGUGGAGUGGGUGGAAUCUAAUGAGGUGCUUCAGGUGGCUGAGUUUAUACUGCUACCAUUGAGUUUGAGCCGGUGGAUCUACGGAAGUCCAUAUAUACAGGGUGUAGCAUCCACUGGGUAAAGGCAGUGAAAUGCAGGGCGGUCAGUGGCUUUUUCCGUUUCAAGUUCUUGUGGGCAACUGAUGACUUUCUUUUUAUAGCUGCUUCUCAGGUUCCACAUUGAAGUUUCAUAGGUGAGUAACAGAAGGAGAAGAGUCUGGUGGAACAACAGAGGAACAAUUUCAGCCAUUUGGACUCAGCUCAGCCACUACAGGGGAAACAAUGUCUUCAACACAAAAGGACCAACAUGGAGCGAGAAGUCAGCGCUCUCAGGAGGCCGACAAACCUCACAGAAGAAAGGGAGAGAAAACCUACAGCUGUGAUGAGUGUGGGAAGGAUUUUACCCGGCCUGGAGGCUUAAAAAAGCACCAACUCAUCCACAGUGGAGUUAAACCUUACAGCUGUGACUUGUGUGGAAAGUGUUUUACCCAGGCUCAAAACUUAAAAAGACACCAACUCAUGCACAGUGGAGUUAAACCAUACAGCUGUGAGUUGUGUGGAAAGUCUUUUGCCAGGGCUGGAGACUUGAAAAAACACAGAAUCAUCCACAGUGGUUUUAAAGCGUACAGCUGUGACUUGUGUGGAAAGUCUUUUAGCCAGGCUGGAGACUUAAAAAAACACCAACUCAUCCACAGUGGAGUUAAAUCUUACAGCUGUGAGUUGUGUGGAAAGUCUUUUGCCCGGGCUGGAGGCUUAAAAAAACACCAAGUCAUCCACAGUGGAGUUAAACCUUACAGCUGUGACUUGUGUGGAAAGUCUUUUACCCGGGCUGGAGACUUAAAAACACACAGAAUCAUCCACAGUGGAUUUAAAGCGUACAGCUGUGACUUGUGUGGAAAGUGUUUUACCCGGGCUGAAAACUUAAAAACACACCAACUCAUCCACAGUGGAGUUAAACCUUACAGCUGUGACUUGUGUGGAAAGUCCUUUGUGCAGGCUGGAAGCUUAAAAACACACAGAAUCAUCCACAGUGGAUUUAAAGCAUACAGCUGUGACUUGUGUGGAAAGUGUUUUACCCGGGCUGAAAACUUAAAAACACACCAACUCAUCCACAGUGGAGUUAAACCUUACAGCUGUGACUUGUGUGGAAAGUCUUUUACCCAUCAUAAAGGCUUAAAAUUACACCAGAUCAUCCACAGUGGAGUUAAAGCACACAGCUGUGACUUGUGUGGUAAGGCUUUUGCUCAAAAUAGCGACUUACAGAGGCAUCUAGUUACGCACUCUGGAAUUAAGGCGUACAGCUGCGACUUUUGUGGAAAAAGGUUCAGUGACAAACGGUACCGAAAUAUUCACCUACGGAUUCACACUGGAAAUGAUGUUUCCUGCUGUGAUCAGUGUGGGAAAUUGUUUACAGCAGAUGCACAGUUACAACGACACAUGCUUAGCCACACUGAGGAGAGACCUUAUAAAUGUGACCUGUGUGAGAAGACUUUUAAAGCUCCAUAUUACCUGAAAAAACACCAACAGAUCCACACCAGAAAUUAA